AUGGACUACACUAUCAAGGCCCUCUUCCCUGGGCCCCUCCUCCCUGGGCCCUCCUCCCUGGGCCCUCACCCCUGCGGCUCCUCCUCCCUGGGCCCCUCCUCCCUGGGCCCUCACUCCUGGGCGCCUCUUCCAAGGCCCUCCUACCCUGGGCCCCUCCUCCCUGGGCCCCUCUCCCUGGGCCCUCACCCUGGGCACCCUCCACCCUGGGCCCCUCAUCCCUGGGCCACUCCUCCCUGUGGCCCCUCUUCCCUGGGCCCCUCCACCCUGGGCCCCUCCUACCCUGGCCCUCCUCCCUGGGCCCCUCCAUCCCUGGGCCCUCCACCCUGGGCCCCGUCCUCCCCUGGGCCCUUCUUCCCUGGGACCCUACUCCCUGGGGGCCUCUCCCUUGGCGGGCCUCCACCCGGGCCCUCCUCAUUGGCUCUUUCCCUGGGCCCCUCUUCCCUGGGGCCCCUCUUUGGGCCCCAUCAUCCCUGGGCACUACUCCUGGGGCCCCUCCUCACCGUGGGUAGUUGGGCCUCCACCCUGAGGCCUCCUCCCGGGGAAUCUCUCCUGGGCAAUACUCCCUGGGCCCCUCCUCCAUGGGCCCCUCCAACUGGGCCCCUCUCCCUGGGCCCCUCUUCCCUGGGGCCCCUCCACCCUGGGCCCAUCCCACUGGGGCCCAUAUUACCUGGGAAUCCUCAUACUGAGGCUCUCUUCCCUGGGCACUCCUCAUGGGACAAUCAUUCGGGCUCACUCUUCCCUAGGAAAUUUCUUCCCGGGCCCCUCCUCCCUGGGGGGCGGCGGCCCUUCAUCCCUGGGGGAACAUCCACAUGGGGCCCCUCCUCCUGUGGCCACUCUUCCAGGGCCAAUCAUCCUGGGACCCUAUUCCUUGGGCACCUCCACCCCUGGGGCCCUCUUCCGGGCCCUCAUCACUGGGCCCCUCUUCCCUGGGACCCUCCACACUGGGCCCCGACGCCUGGCCCUCCCACCCUGGGUCCCUUACCUAGGCCCUGUUCCUGGGCCACUUCCCAGGGGGGGCCCUACUCCCUGGGCCCCUCCUCCUGGGGUCCUCCCCCUGGGCCCCUGAUUCAUAUGGGCCCCUGCCUCCCUGGGCUCCCUCCUAACUGCGGACCAUACUCCCGGGGGCACUUCAAUCCUGGCCCUAGUCACUGGGCCCCUCCUACCGGGGCUCCUCCUCCCUGGGCUCUCUUCCCUGGGCUCCUCUCAAUGGGCCCCCCCUCCUCCGGGCCAAUAAUCCCGGGGCCCCUAUUCCUGGGAUCUCAUCCAUGGGCUCCUCUUCCCUGA